AUCCCCAGGCCGGCACCAUGGCGCAGGUGGGGCACAGGGUGGAUUACCUGGCCGGAUUCUGCUGCCCGGUGGGGGGGCUGGUGGCGGGCAAGCCGCGGGUGCUGUGCCACGAGAACGAGAUCUACCUCUCCAACGGCACCGAGUUCGUCUACGUGUACGACCAGGAGGGCAAAGUGCUCAAGGCCGUGUACCGCUGUCCUGAGCAGGUGUGGCACGUGGAGCUGCUGCCCCAGCCCCGGCAGCUCUACAUCCUGUGCGCCCACAGCGGGAUCUACUGCGUGUCCCUGGAGCAGCAGAGCAGGUUAAUGGAGCAGACGGACGGCGACGGCCAAGAAAGCAACGGCCCUUCCGGCGUCUUCCCGGUGGAAGCAGACUCCUGCAUCUUCCCCGACGCCAGCCUGAGCAUGUUCACCCUGCUCAGCACCUUCGUCAUCACGCUGGCCCAGGACGAGGGCAAGUGGUGGAUGCGGCUGCACGAGCUGCCGCGCCCGGAGCAGGACGGGCCCCCGUACCGGCAGGUCAGCCAGGUGGAGUUCUGCCCCGGGAGCCCGCCCGGGGACACGGGGGACGCGCCCCCCUCCUGCUUCCUGCCCGUGCUGUGCUGCGCCGCCGCGCCCGGCACGCAGGGGCUGUGGUGCUCGGGGGGCUUCGUGCUGGAGGAGCCCCUCUUCAGCCUCCUCUUCGGCAUCGACGCGGCCGUGCUGGAGUCGCCCAUGAUCCUGUGCGGUUUCCCGGACGGGCAGCUCUGCUCCGUGCCCCUCAAAGCCCUGAGCUCCUCGCCCGGGGGCGAGCCCGGCUGUGACUGCGUGGUGGCCGUGGGCCACUACGGGAAGAUGGUGGCCGUGAAGGCGGAUCAGAGGGAGGAGGCCACGGUGCCGGAGCUCAGGGAGUAUUACCUGCGAGGGCCCAUCCUGUGCGCGGCCUGCGGCAGCGGCUCCCGCAUGUACUACAGCACCCACUCGGACAUCUCCGCCGUCGACCUGGACUGGGCGGGCGACUCCUCCGACCCCGAGGACACCGAGAGUGGCACCGGCGUGCUGCCCCCCGUGCUGUCCCCGGCCAGCCUCAGUAUCUGUAGCGUCGUGGCUCUUUCCUUGUCCUCUCGGGCCUCGGAAGGGGAGUCAGAGCUGUUGGCCCUGUCGGCCAAGGGCCGCCUGGUGUCCUGUGGCCUGUGCAGCCCCGAGGAGCCGGACGUGGAGCUGACCCCUGCUGAGAUCGGCCGGAGGAUCAAGGAGCUGCUGUCGGGGAUCGGGGACACCUCAGAGAGAGUGUCCUUCCUGAAGAAGGCCGUGGACCAGAGGAACCGAGCCCUGGCCAGCCUGAACCAGGUGAUGAACGUGAGCGCGGCGCUGCUCUCCAGCCACGAGGGCCACAAGCCCAUCGCCUGCACCGUCACUGCCAACUGGAGCUGCCUCCUGCUCCAGGACACCGUCACCAUCUCCUGCUUGCUGGAGAACUGCAGCGAGUACAGCCUGGAGGAGGGCUGGACCCUCUGUGUCCAGCUCCUGACCAGCCCCUGUGCCUUAGAGGAGGAAUCCAUGGAUUCGGCCACCACCUUCACCUUCCCCAUUGACCAGCUGCUCCCUGGGAACAAGCGGGAGCUGACGCUGCCCCUCGGCCCCGCUGCGGACACCAAGCUGGAGCUGCCUCUGACCAUCUCCUGUGCCCUCUACUACAGUUUAAGGGAUAUUUUGGGCAGUGGCUCCGACUCCUCCGAGGACCUGGAUGAUUUCCUGCCCGACGACUCGCCCCUGCUGUCCCCGGACAGAGAGGGGAUCUGCCUGCCCCUCAGCCAAUGCACCAUUGACAUGCUCCAGUGCCUCCGUUUCGGGAGCAGCCCCCCCGGGCCCGACGCCCCCCCUGCCCCCUCAGACCCUGUGGAGACCUUCCUCAAAGUGUCCCGGGAACAGACUGAACCCGAGGAGGGGAAAGCUCCAGGAGAGGAGAGCCUGCCCCCCUCGGCAGCGUCCAUCCGGGUGUCCUCAGAGCUGCUGAAAAACGCUCUCAAAACCUCGGAAACAGAUGUCCCACUUUGCUGUGCCACCCUGCGCUGGCUGCUGGCUGAGAACCCCGGGGCCGAGGCGCUGAGCAGCACGGAGGUGGCAUCGGUGUGUGGCACGGCACCCGACGGUGGCCACGUCCAGCUGCUCGUCAGAGAGGUGGCCAUGAAUGACCUGAGCCCUGCAGGUCCCAUCCAGGCUGUGGAGAUCCUGAUGGAGAGCCCGUCCCUGGCCCACAUGUGCAGGACACACCACGCCGUCAUCCGGCGCAUACAGGCGCUGGUGCUGGAGCAGGCGGCGCAGGGCUCGGGACCCCCCGACCUCCGCAUGCAGUACCUGCGGCAGAUCCAGGCCAACCAGGGGGGAGGGGGUCUCCGCUCCCCCGUUGUUUCUAUAAAUGAUCUCGUAUCUCCAUGCUGGUGCGGCGUGGUCCGGCCCCGGCCCCUCCCGCACCUCUCCACUGUCUGUAACUCUGUCGUCUGCCAUGAAAACGAUCCUGUUGCUCACCCCCCUGGCAGAGGAGCCACGGGCUCCCCGACCCCCUCGGGCUCCUGCCUGCCGUGCCUUUGCUUUGCUGACCCGCCCUCAUCCCGUGUGGCACCCUUGGGAGUCCCUGCAUCCCACUGCCCCCCGGAUCAGCCCCCUCCAUGGGGCUGGGGGCCCCUGGGAGGGAAGCAGGGCAGGAUCUCGGUGGGAAGGAGGACGCGGCGCUGCCCCGGUGUGAUCCAGGUGACUUUAUUGCCGUGA